AUGGCUGGCAAGUCUGUCUUGAUAGUUUAUGCACAUCAGAGCCCCACUUCGUUCAACUCCGCUGCUCGUAAUGUCGCUGAGGAAGCACUAAAGGAGCAGGGCUGCAAAGUACUGGUCUCAGACCUGUAUGCCAUGGACUUCCAGGCUUCUGCAACCAGAAACGAUAUCUCGGGUGAUCUGAAGGAACCAGAGAACUUCAAGUAUGGCGACGAAACAAUGGCUGCUUGGCAAGAGGGUCGACUCUCUAAGGACAUUACAGAAGAGCAACGCAAGGUGGAAGAGGCAGAGUUGAUCAUUUUUCAGUUUCCUCUCUAUUGGUUCAGUGUCCCUGCCAUCAUGAAAGGUUGGAUGGACAGAGUUUUGUCACAAGGAUUUGCUUUUUCACUCCAAAACAUGUACGACAAUGGCAUUUUUAAGGACAAGAAGGCUGUGCUGUCUAUUACUACCGGGGCCAUGGAAUCUAUGUUUUUCUCUGAUGGCAUUAGUGGGGACAUAAAUGUAACGCUGUGGCCAUUGCAGAAUGGAGUCCUUCACUUCUGUGGAUUUAAAGUUCUUCAACCGCAGAUCUUUUGGAGCAUUGCACAUACACCCCCCAACAUAAGGACAGUCUUGUUGGAUGCUUGGAGAGCUAGACUGAAGGGGAUAUGGGAAGAGAAACCACUGUCCUUCGCAUCCUGUGCACUCUUUGAUCUUAGCUUUCAAGGAGGGUUUCGCAUGACCUCUGAGGCUAAGGAAAAACUUAGUGUUGCUCCUUAUGGCCUCACAACAGGGCAACACAUGGGCAAACCUCUUCCUCCUGAUAACCAGACCAAAUCAGAAAAUGAGGCUGCAAAAAAAAUAUCCGAUAUUCUGACAUAAUAUGACAAUUAGACAAGGCAUUCAGACCUACAAGUAAAAAUCUAUUGAUGAUUCUCCCACACACAUCUGUGUGUGUGUGUGUGUGUGUGUGUGUGUGUGUGUGUGUGUGUGUGUGUGUGUGCGUGUGCGUGUGCGCGUGCGUGCGUGCGUGCGUGCGUUCGCACAUCUUUUUAAAAUAUCACCAAAGUCUUGUAUUCAUUCUCUUUACUAUUAAACAUUUCAUGUGAUAGCUAUGCUGAAUUUAGUGAUAAAGGAUGAGCAUUUGAUAUCCAUUUGUCACUGAACGCGUUUCUAUAAAAAAUAUUGUCAUAUCAUACCAUGGUUAGCCAGUAAGGCUACUCAUUGAAAUUGGUGAGGUGGUGAUUGCUGACCACUUGUCGAUGGUGUUGACUCAUUUUGCAUAAACAUGCCUGUUUUGGUGAACAGUGAUAAAUAAAGAGUGAUUUUAGACGA